AAAAGUGUUACCUGGAUUCUUGCUUGCAUUUGUUCAAUGGAUAUCUGAGUGCUCUUUCUGGAUUUGGAACUGGAAAGUGUGGUGAGCAGGGUUAGUGGAAGGAAUACAAUAAUGUGAUCACUUCACAGGAAAAUGAAUCUUUGUGGGUGAGAGAGAACCUGGUUCCAGAAGUCCUGAAUUCUCAGAUGAAGAAGGAAGUGACUCUAGUGGUAGUGUAAGUGCUUGUAGGCCUAUCAGGAUGGAGAGGCAUGCAGAAAUGGAGAUGCUGAGGACACUGAAAGGACCCUCAACCGGGGAGGUCAGCGUGCACCUGGUGGCCAGAGACUGCUCAGCUUCUGGCCCGCACCUGCCUGCUACUGCCUUCAUCAUCCCAGCUAGCUCGGCUGCUCUGGGUUUGCCCAACAGUACCCUAGAUGUGUCUUGCUUUCCCCGGGAGCCUAUCCAUGUGGGUGCCUCGGAGAGAGUCGCGGGCAGCGUGCCGGUGCCGGUCACCGCCACGGUUCUGCCGCAGUUAAGCGCGCUGCCCGCGGCCAGCUCCAACGCCGGCACCGUGCGACUCCUCCAGUGGACCGAGGCUGCGGCCCCGCCUCCUGGGAGUGGCCUGCGGUUCCGGAUAAGUGAGUACACGCCGCUGAACAUGGUGGGAGCAGAGCAUCCCCGGAGCCCCGAGCUGCGGCGGGAAGGUGUGGCUGAGUGUGAAGACGGCGGCGAGGCCCCUGCGGGAGGUGGCGAAGCGACCACCCAGCAGUCGGCGGACCUCCCACAGGACCCUCCAGAAAAGCCCUCUCGGAACCCUCCAGAGGAUGUCCGCACCUGUCAGUGCCAGGCUUGUGGGCCUCAGCAAGGUGCAGAUCCAGACCCCGGUUCCUGCAAUGGUGACUGUCCCCAGCUAUUCCAGGACCGGCUGCCUUGUCUCAGGUCAGUCAUAGUAGAGAACUCCUCAGGCCUGAACUCCUCCUGCACCAGCUCUUCAGAUCUCCUCAAACCCAUGAAGAAGAGGAAGCACAGGGAGUAUCAGAGCCCAUCAGAGGAGGAGUUAGAAACAGAAGCCUUGGAGAAACAAGAAGAAGGAAAGGAUCCGGAAGGACAACCUGUCACCAGCACCCCAGAAAGUGAGGAGUGGAGCAGUAGCCAGCCUGCGUCUGGAGAGAAGAAGGAAGGCUGGUCAUGGGAGUCCUACCUCGAGAAGCAGAAGGCCAUCACUGCCCCUGUCAGCCUCUUCCAGGACUACCAGGCGGCUACUCAUCACAAGAAUGGCUUCAGACUAGGCAUGAAGUUGGAAGGCAUCGACCCUCAGCACCCGUCCAUGUACUUCAUCCUCACUGUGGCCGAGGUGUGUGGCUACCGUCUGCGUCUGCACUUUGACGGGUAUUCCGAGUGCCAUGACUUCUGGAUCAAUGCCAACUCUCCUGACAUUCACCCUGCUGGCUGGUUUGAGAAGACAGGGCACAAGCUGCAGCCCCCCAAAGGUUCUCCGGGAUUGUGGGGACCUCAGUCCUGCCUGAUUGUGCUGGUUCAGUGUGGGCUGCCCUCGCCUCAGCCCAGCCCCUGUCUGCACGGAGCUCUGUUCAUCCCCCCGAGGGGCCCAGGUUACAAGGAGGAGGAGUUCAGCUGGAGCCAGUACCUGCGCAGCACCAGAGCUCAGGCUGCCCCCAAGCACCUGUUUGUGAGCCAAAGCCACAGUCCCCCACCCCUGGGCUUCCAGGUGGGCAUGAAGCUGGAGGCUGUUGACCGCAUGAACCCAUCCCUCAUCUGUGUGGCCAGUGUGACCGACGUGGUGGACAGCCGCUUCCUGGUGCACUUCGACAACUGGGAUGAUACUUACGACUACUGGUGUGAUCCCAGCAGUCCCUACAUCCACCCGGUAGGCUGGUGCCAGAAGCAAGGAAAGCCCCUCACUCCUCCACAAGACUACCCAGACCCUGAUAGCUUCUGCUGGGAAAAAUAUCUGGAAGAAACUGGGGCCUCUGCUGUACCUACUUGGGCCUUCAAGGUGCGACCCCCACACAGCUUCCUGGUCAACAUGAAAUUGGAGGCCGUGGACUGCAGGAACCCAGCUCUGAUCCGUGUGGCCAGCGUGGAGGAUGUGGAGGACCAUCGGAUAAAGCUCCACUUUGAUGGGUGGAGUCAUGCCUAUGAUUUCUGGAUCGACGCUGACCACCCAGACAUCCACCCCGCAGGCUGGUGCUCCAAGACUGGCCAUCCUCUGCAGCCUCCUCUACGACCUCAGGAGCCCAGCUCUGCCUCCCUGGGGGACUGCCCCCCUCUCAGCUACCGGACCCUGCCCCACUCGAGGACCUCCAAGUACAGCUUUCACCACCGGAAGUGCCCCACUCCUGGCUGUGAUGGCUCUGGCCAUGUCACAGGCAAGUUCACAGCCCACCACUGCCUCUCGGGCUGCCCACUGGCAGAGAGGAACCAGAGCCGGCUAAAGGCGGAGCUGUCAGACUCAGAGGCCUCAGCCCGUAAGAGGAACCUCUCAGGCUUCUCCCUGAGGAAGAAGCCUCGCCAUCAUGGCCGGUGCGGAGGAAUUGGACGCCCUCCAAAGUAUCGGAAGAUCCCACAGGAAGAUUUUCCCACACUAACUACCGAUGUCAUGCACCAGUCCCUCUUCAUGUCAGCCUUGUCAGCUCACCCUGAUCGAUCUCUCUCAGUGUGCUGGGAGCAGCACUGCAAGCUCCUGCCAGGAGUGGCAGGCAUCUCGGCCUCGACCGUCGCCAAGUGGACCAUUGAUGAGGUCUUUGGCUUCGUUCAGACCCUGACGGGCUGUGAAGACCAAGCACGGCUCUUCAAAGAUGAGAUGAUUGACGGCGAGGCCUUCCUUUUGCUGACACAGGCGGACAUUGUGAAGAUCAUGAGCGUCAAGCUGGGCCCAGCCUUGAAGAUCUAUAAUGCCAUUCUCAUGUUCAAAAACGUUGAUGACACCUUCAAGUGACUGGCUUGGGUCUGGGCCCUCCUCCUGCUGAGCUGGGCCUCCCCCUCUGCGGUUGAGGUUUCCUUCCCAACCUGAGUUCCUCACACCCCACCUGUGUGCCCCCCACACCCUCUGUCUCUCAUCAUGGGUGCCUCCCUGUCCCCAUCUUCCCAAGCUGCCUGCAAAAGCACCCUGGAGCACAGGAGCCUUGGGUACUUGAAGUCCUAGUCUCAGCCUCUGGGAGCUCAUUUGUACCAGGAGCCCCAGCGAGGGUGUCAGGGCUGGGGGAAUGUUACCAAUGGAGAUGUCUGGAGGUGCCCAGCCGCCUCUCCAGCCAGCCACCACCAAAGGGUCUUCUUAGCAGCUGAGAGCAGUCUGGUAGAAUGGGAGUUCUCCAACCGGAAGUCCUUUUCUCCUCAGGAUCUCUCUAUGCUUUUCUCUCCUUGUCUCAUUUCCUUUUACCAAGAAGUGACCCUGAUGUAAACAUAUUUACUCAAAUGACAACCUGCUACCACCCCCCUUGGGGGCUGCUGACUGGUUUCCUGGGCAGAUGCCCCAACAGCAGCCCAGCUCUGCUCCACUCACCCUUGCUCCAUGGAAGUGUGAGCCCCAGAAAUGUGUCUGUAAAAUUCAUUAAGAGUCUCUGGCUACCUUUCACCUUUUGUUUUUACCCAGAGUAGGGGAGUGGGGGUUCUGGGCCAAGAGGGCUUUUUGAAUAUGCCCAGUUUCUGAACCACCUGGCAUUUUAGCAUCCCAUGUCAAGCCCUUUUUCCAGCAGAGUAAGAAGGUGCUUACUUUGCUCCCCCCAUCCUCACAGCACAAGUUAAGGUUCCACUGGGGUCCUCCCAACACCCCUACUGGGUUGAGGGUUGAGAGGAAACAGCCUGAUCAGAAUGGUCAUGAAGGGCCAGGCUGGGGGCAUGUCAAUCUAGGUCCUUUGAUGGGCAGCUCUUAAAGCAGGGCAUGGCAUCCUUUACCACAGCGGAUCCUUGCCAAGUUGUUACUGUGGGGUGAGGAGGUUCUAACAGAGGAAGCUUGGGAGCCUUGGGUCCUGUUCAACCAGACCUUGAAAGGCUGUGCUCUCCAGGAGCCUUACAGAGAUCACUUGAAGCGAGCUGGGAAGGUGAAUCUCUCUGAAUCCUUUUACCCCAUUCAUUAGCUCUUGGUAUACAUUCUCCAUCUGUAUUACUCUACUAGUCAACUGCCUUCUAGGGUUCUGGAACUUUCUGGCCAAGUUGGGAUCUACCUUCCACUGAGCUACUGCCAGCCUUGCCUCCCAGCCCAUGGGGUGGGGGUGGGGGGCAGUGCACGGGAGCCCCCAGUAAGUGUCGAUCCUGCUUGGAAGUGAAGAACAAUUGUCAGGCCCUUUCUCUCAGCCUCCAGACUGUAUGUGUGUGCAUAAGAUGAUCAGAAAUGUUUGACAGGGUUCAGGUCUGAAGGAGAGACGUUCCAUUGGGAAAAUGAUGUCAAGGGCUAUUAUUGUUCAAAUAUGAAGCUUUAUCUUCCCUUCUCUUAGGUGUGGGGAACCCAAAGGCCUUCUAAUUUCCUGCCACAGUCUAGUAGAUAUAUUUAAAGCAUUGUUAGGAGAGCCAUUCAGCCCCACCUUCCACAACUGAAUUCCCACAGGGCUCCAGUUGCUCCCCCCCCCCCUCCCAUCCCAUCUUCCUUUAGUUGCAGCUCUAAGCACAAGCUUCCUGGGAGGAAACUGGGCAGCUCUUCAUUGGGCUCAGGGUUGGGCUCAUGGAGGUUGUACUAGUGCCAUUUGACCUAGAAUCUGGAUUGGUCUUUCUUUUUUCUUUUUCUUUUUCUUUUUUUUUUAUUUAUUCCCUUUUGUUGCCCUUGUUGUUUUAUUGUUGUAGUUAUUAUUGUUGUUAUUGUUGGAUAAGAGAGAGAGAAAUGGAGAGAGGAGGGGAAGGCGGUGGGGGGGGGGAGAAAGAUAGACACCUGCAGACCUGCUUCACUGCUUGUGAAGCGACUCCCCUGCAGGUGAGGAGCUGGGGGCUCAAACCGGGAUCCUUACGCCAGUCCUUGUGCUUUGCACCACCUGCGCUUAACCUGCUGCACUACCGCCCAACUCCCACAAUCUGGGUCUUUCUAUUUUGGUUCAGUGAUGGCAAAGCUCCUUGGGUUCAUCUGCUUGUCUCUAAACUGAGGAGAGACACUCACUGACUUUGGGGUGUGAGAAGGCAACAGAUGCUCAGGCUGUAGGACUGCACAGCUUCUGAGGAGGGGGGUUAAAGGUGGCUUUGCAAUGGGGAUUCACCAGUUGGGUUGGCCUGCCAGAAAAGCAGAAUGGACCAGGCCCUUGGAGAAAACGACUCCAGGGGGCCUCUGAGCCCUUAGGCAUCAGCACUUCCUACACCAACAUCAAACUCUGCAAAGAAACCAAAUCUCUUAAAAAGUGAUAAAAAAAAAAAAAAAAAAAAAAAGAGGGCCAGGUUGUGGUGCACCUGGUUAAGCACACAAAUUACAGUGCGCAAGGAACUGGGUUCAAGCCCCUGGUCCCCACCUGCUGGGGGAAAGCUUCAUGAGUGGUGAAAUAGGUCUGCAGGUGUCUCUCUGUCUCUCUUCCACACUAUUUCCCCCUCCCCUCACAAUUUCUCUCUGUCUCUAUUAAAAAUAAAUAAAGAUUAAAAAAAUUUUUUUUAAGUGAUAAGAAGUCUGCCUCCUGCCCACCCGCUGCCCCUUCACCUCUGACCUAUCCCUAAAUGAGAUUAUUGCACCUUGACCUGGGAUCGCAGCACAGGGAGGGAGGGAGGGAGGGAGGGAGUGGUGGUGCCCAGUGCUCUGCGCCAGCAGCUGGAGUCACUGACACUUUGGCCCUGGCAACUCCACCCAUCCCUCACCCAGUCCUGGCCUAGGGCAGUGAGGAUCUUUCUGUUUACUUGAAAGUAGAGAAAAGGAUCCCAGAGUUUGAAAAUGAAGCCUGUUUGCACUUUCAUUCACAUGCACUUUUGGUGGGGUUGUGUUUUCUUUUAUAUUUGUGUGUAUACAUGCCUCUGUGUAUGUGUGUGUGUGUGUGUGUGUGUGUGUGUGUGUGUGUGUGUGUUCAAGACAAUCCUCUAAACUAAUGUGACUCAUGAGUGAGAAAAAAAUUACAAGCAAAUGUGGUGAGUUUUGUCAGUGUAUUGAAACAACAUAAAUAAACUUGAACAACUGGAUAAUAUGCAA